AUGAUCAAUGAAUUGAACGAGGCAGAGAAGAGAAUAGGACUGCGAAUACAUAGAAAGAAGACUAAGUUCAUGAAGAACGCCUACUGCGAGGACGGAGGAGUACAACUUGAAGGUUCCCAGCUCGCGAAAACUUCGUCAUACGUCUACCUGAGACGUUCUAUGAACAUGGAAAACGACUUGAAAGGAGAACUGAAUAGAAGAAUGAGAGCAGCAUGGGCAGCAUUCGCAUCCGCCAGGGAAGCUACGAACCAAUUGACUGACCAAGACCUUCGUGCCUAUCUGUUCGACUCGACAGUUCUUCCAGCGCUCUGUUACGCAGCGGAGACUUGGGUAGACACCGCUGCCGCAUCUAGGAAGCUGCAUACUACCCACAGAGCCCUUGAGAGAUGUCUUCUGAAGUUUAACCGGCACACACUACAUCUAGCCGGUCUUCGCAGCUCCGACUCAAGGGGAAUGUCCCGUCUUAACGACUCAGCUGAAUAUAUAUCGAAAGCAAAGUAUAGAUGGGCCGGUCACAUUAUGAGAAGAAUCGACUAUAGGUGGACUAAAAGAACGCUAGAGUGGAUCCCAAGAGAUGCUAAACACCCUCGAGAGAGACUCCCAACGAGAGGGGAUGACGUGUUUGCUACACGGAUGGACCAGCUGAGAGCUCAUCUGGAUAGUCUCAAGCUGAAUGAGCUGAACCUUGAGAACAUCUUGGAUGACAAUGGCGAGGGAACGAAACGAGUGGAAGAGAUGCUGGGGCCCGCACUCCAGUGA